GUUGGGUGCAAUAUAGGCCCUGUAAAUUAACCCUAGAAAGGUAACAUCUGGUAAAAAUUUAGGCGGGAAAACCCUUGAAAUACACAACAUUUCACCCCAAAAACAUUCACUGCCCACACCGCACCUCUCCCUCUUCUCCUACCUCUCUCGCUCCGUUUCCUCACUAUCCCCUCUCUCUCUCUCUCAACGUGUCUUCGUCCGUCAGGUAUGGCCGGGGGUCGCCGGAGACGGGCGGCGAACGACGUCGUCGAAGGAGAAACCCGAUCGCCGAAGAAAGACGAACAAGUCGUGGUUUUGGACGAAGAGGAGGACGAAGAUCCUCUGAAAGCCACGGUCGCGAGGCUUCGCGGACGAUGGGAACUGGCCUCCGUCCUCAACUUCUUGAUCGUUUUUGAGCCAGUGAUUGGGAAGGCUGCUAGAUUAUCGGCUGAAGAAAUCGAGAUGGGUUUGAUAAACCCGAACUCACUUGCUCAGCUUCACAUUGCUCUGUUGAAGGGAAUACCACCUGUAAGUAAAACAUUGGAUGGCUUGGAAGAUGCGUGGGUGACUGUGCUUUGUAAGAAACUUGCUCCUUGGUGGCAAUGGAUUGCUGAAGGGGAAAUUCCGCUACUGGCAGCUAAAGGAGAGGAGAUAUCCCAUUACAAGGAACUUGAUCCAACAAAACAUUUACUACUCUUAAAAGCACUCUGUGAACUCCGAGCUAAACAAGAUGAUGUAUUGGCUUAUAUUAAUGUUAAUCUGAAACAAGGAACUGAGGUUUCUUUCUUCCGCAAAGAUAAGAUGGGAGGAGAUCGAAAAGGAACUACCUAUUGGUAUGAAGGAAAUGCAACUGUUGGCCAUAGGUUAUACAAGGAAGUAAUUGUCCUUGAGUCGAAGGCAAAAGCUAGGGGAAAAGGAAACCUGCCAAGUAUUAGUUUUCAGUGGGAGACACUGGCAACCAAUCUCAAGGAAUUUCGUAAAGUUCUUGAUGAAUUCUCAUCAAGCAAAGUUGCCGCCAAAGUUGCUAUUGCUAGGACUAUUGAAUCCGAUGUUAUUCCUGCUCUUGAGAAACUUCAGCAGAAGAAAGAAAAGGAACUAAGAAAGAAACAAAGGCUAGAAAGGCAACUGAAUGAUUCGAGAAAUUCUUAUGCUGCUGGAACCAUUCGUACCACUCGCACCCGUAGGGCUGUCAGCUACACAUUUGAUGAGUACGAUCGGGCCAUUCAUGAUGCUAUAAAAGCAAAUAAGAAAACUAGUGAAGAGAAAAUGCAAGAAAACAAGCGUAGAAGAAGAAAUGGUGCCUCAGAGGGAAACUCAGAAGAUGGUUCGGACAAAAAAGGUGAUUAUAUUAAUGGCGACAACAAUGAUUCUGGCAAGAAGGAUGAAUCUGCAGGUAGUGACACUGCAAGCGACAUGCUUGAAGAAUUUUCUACUGAUGACGAUGAUAAAAAUUGGGGUGAUCGUAGUGGCAUGAAGGAUGAAGACAACAGUGACCAGAGUGACUCUGGAAAUUCUGAGACGGACAAGACCUGUGCUCAGACUGAUGGUAUUGCCCAAAAGCCAGUGGGCGUGCGCUGGAGUUCAAGACUAGCAGGAGACAGUAGCCAUCUGGUCAUGGACAACAGAAACUUGGUUACAAAGAAUAGGUCCAGACAGAGACCUAUCUGUAACUCUGCUCUUGAUUCUGUUGUAAUACCAGACUCCGAUGAUGAAAACUCGGAACACAAAUGCAGUGAAAGAGCAGUGCAUGAAGAAUUGCAUGAAGAAUCACCGGUUACUGUUCCGGAAUAGGUCAGUGAAAGCUAAAAGAAGUAUUCUGAAGCAAAACAUAAUAUGCAAAUCAGUACAGUUUAAGGUGAUUUUCCUCAAUUUUGGUAUUAGGGAGGAAAUCUUUUUGGGAAUCUCAUGUUUGUAAAUGCAGUAGGAUGAUGUAGUUUCUGCUAAUUCCUUUGUUCAGAUUUAUCACAAAAUCUGUUCGAAUGCUAUUUAAGUCUGCAUCCUUGUCAAUCAACUUAAUUUAUGCCAGAUGAUCAUAAUGAUAUCAAGAGAUGUGAUGCUAUUUU